AACUGGAAUAUACCAUUGUGAAAGUAGAGUGUGCAGUGGGGUGGACAAUGUUGGGUGGGCCUGUUUUUAUCACCUUCACAAUAGGAUAGAUUACACUGUGACUGUGACCUAUUAUACGCCUUUAAUUCAUUCAACUCUUUUGACAACAUGCAUCAUUUCUGUGGCAUGGUAGAUGGACUAGAUUUCCUGCCCCCGGAUAAGGUUAAAGAAGGGAUGCAGUUAUUAAGGGACAACACACCAGAGGUGUUACGUGACUUUGUUGACUACUUUGAUGCGACCUAUGUUAGUGGAACGUAUACAUAUCAUGCAGCGCAGAAUGACCAAGCAGCAUCAGCAACACUGAUAGAAUUGUUCAGGAGGGGGAAGCCAAUACCAGCAAGACGUAUCACAAAGGUGACAGUAAACCAUCAACAGCGACUUCUUAAUAUAAUCAGCAAGUACAAUGACCAAACCAAGACAUUAGGGGAAACGAUCACUGCACUAGGUUACAAUAUUCGAAUGAAAUAAAGAAUUUAAUCUCGGCAACUCAUAUUAAUUAGGUUGAAAAAUUAAGUACAGUAAUGUAAAUAUAUAGAACCAGUAUAUCAUUCCAAAUGUAGGGCCUAUAAUUUUAGUUACAAGUAUGAACUGAUCAAAUUUGUUAUGAAAUAUGAUGUAUGUAUGUAAUUCUAGUUUAAGUAUACUCUAUAUUGAAGUAAUUAUGUUUUUUAAUAAUGUAUAGUAGGUAAAUGUAUGGCAAAUAUAAUUACAUACAAUUGGCCCCUAUAAUUUUAUUCUUCUUUAAUGUAAAUAUGUAAUUGUAGUAUUACUCUAUUUGUAAUGGAGUUUUGUAAUUGUAGUUUGUAUACUCUAUAUCAAAGUAAUUAUAUUUUUAUGAUGUAUAGUAGGCUUAUAUAAUUACAUACAGUAUAAUUGUAAUCUUCUUUAAUGUAAAUUUAAAUAUGUAACUGUAGUAUAAGCUUACUCUAUUUGUAAUGGAGUUUUGUA